AUGGCGAUUGCUGAAACACUGGUUGCCGCUACUGUAUCCUUACGAAUUUCGGAUCAAGCUUGUCCUGGACAAAAAUUAAGUGCCUAUUUAACGCAUUCGGUUACACCCAGAAAUCCAUUAAUGUUUUCCCAGCCUAGUGAAUCAUUGGAACACGGUUUAGCUCAAGCUAAAGGUGUUACGCCUACUCUGAUGUCCGUACUUUGGCCGCCCAAUAUGGCUCCGUUGAAACUGGUGGAGAAGAGUUCGAGAACCUGUGUGCUGACUCACGCAUCAAGUUCUAUUAAUCCUCAACAGUUGUGCUCUGAUCCACUCCCAAAUCCUCAAAUCUCAUUUUCGUCUUCUGCUUGUACAGAUUCUUGUAUUGUUUCAGAUUUAUCUUCUGUUGAAAAAAAGUCUAAUGAAAUGGAUGACUCAUCAUCCAACCUACCAGUGACUUCUGAUUCAGGAGAGCAAACUGAUAAAUCCAUUGAACCGGAGAUAUCAAAUCUUUCUGGUCGUGUCUUCUUAAGAUCUAUGUUUCGUUCACUGGAAGUUGGUUCCGAUUCAGAUCAAGAUGCUUUGUUUUCUAUUCUCCUUUUGAUUGCUAUAAAAGCAAAUGAAGGUGUUGAUUUGCCCACUUUGGAGCUUGCUCAGCUGAAUGGUCCCGAUAUAAGAAAUGAACCAUCCUAUAACUAUACACUUGUUACAAAACUUAUUGAAUUAAUCGGAGACGCCUGCAAAACUGGUAAGCAUUUGAAUUUUCAUUUUAUGAUUACCUUUUAUGUAUUAAUUUUCAAAUUCCAGAAAUAUUCAUUGAGCUUUACCUGCUCGUUUGUUUUUGACUUAGAGUCUCACUGUGACCCAGCCGAUAGUCGCUGUCUUCAUGUAACCAUUCAUGUUCCUGGUCAUCUCACUUCUCAAGAAAUAAAUCCCGGACAAUUACGUAAUAAAACUAAACCACCGAUUAUGGUUGCCAGGUUUCUUUUUGAAGAUCAUAUACGUUGUAUGACAGCUCGACAACUACUGUCGCGCGGUAAAACACUUGUUGAACAAACAAAACUUCGAAAGAUUGCAUCUUUACUAGAUUUCCCGCCUCAGUUUAUACGGGAGAAAUUCUUGAUUAGUAAUACAACUGCUGGCGGUGGUGUUGGUGCCAGUGGAGGUGUCAGCAGUAUGAAUUAUAUGUAUCAUAGUAGUACUAGCAACCAGUAUUCUGUGGUUGGGAGCAAUCGUCUUGAUUCUCCAAGUGUAUGCGUUAGUAAUACACCAAGCAGUAGACGUAUUGGUUCUAGUCUAAUGGUUGGAACAGUAUCUGGACAAACACAACAACAGCCUUUGAAUAGAGAAGGCAAUGAUAAUAACAACAGUGGUAUUGCCGGUGGGAGUGUACGUUCAGGUGACUUUCUAAUGGAUCAUCGGAGCCAUGGAAAUGCUUUUCAUCGACUCCGUGAUAGGAAUAGGACUGAUGGACCAGUGCCUUUAGUUUGUUUAACUGGGUCAACUAGUUCAGUGACAACAACAACUGCUACAUUAUCAUCAUCUUCAAAUGAAUCAGCUAUCAAAUCUCAUCCAUUGUUUAUUUCCAAUGUCGGCGCAAAUUUAUCUACUGAAGGAAUCAAUCAAGAGAUUUCUCAGUUUACAACAACACCAACUGGUGUUGUUAAUUCUUUGAGAAAAUCAACUGAUGAAGAGAAUGAAGACAGGAUUAUUCAUAUUUCUCAACCUUUUCAUAAUUCUAAAUCAAAAAUUUCUAUAAGUGAUGGAAAAGGUGAUCAGUAUACAUCGGCUAAUAAUGAUACAUCAGAAGCAAUAUGUACAAAUGAAAAUGUGAUUAAUAAACAAUCGGAGUCUAAUCUUUUAUCUACAAAGCCUAGACAAGUAGAUUACUCAAGUGAUAUUUCAGAUUGUUAA